UGCCAAUAAGUCAGGCUUAUGUACAAAUAAUAUUUUUCCUAUUGUCUGAAAGUUUUGUGAAUAUAUUGUUUUAAAUCAAACCAAUUUGCAGAAACAAUGGCUGAUGACUUACAAAACUAUAAAUUACAAUUACAACAGGUUGAAGCUGCAUUAUUAACAGAUCCUGAUAAUGAGGAAUUGCUAAAAUUGAAAACUGAUCUUGAAGAAGUUAUUGAUCUUACUCGGGAUUUGAUAAAAAGUCAAUUAGAAGUUUCAUCAAAAGCUGCAAAGGCUACAACUGCACAUCUUAGUUUUGAUGAUGAUGAUGUUACUGCGAGUCUCUUAGCUGCAGAAGGAUAUAUUUUACCAAAGGAGACAAGACAGUGGAAUGUUGGAGAACGGUGUAUGGCCAAAUGGAGUGAGGAUGGACAAUAUUACUCAGCAUCUAUAGAAGCAAUAACGGAAAAUGGAGAAGUUCAUGUAAUAUUUGAUGCAUACAAAAAUAGAGACACAACCAGAUUGGAAGAUUUGAAAGAGCAUAACUUUUUAAAUCAAAUAUGUUGUUUUACUUUCAGGAAAGGUCGAUUAAACCAAAGAGAAUAUUUGAAAAAGAAGAAACAGAAAAAACAACAGCGUUUCAAAGAAAUUGAAGCAGAAAGAGAAGUUGAGAAAAAUAAAUGGUUAGCAUUUAGUUCAAAGUCGUUGAAGAAAAGUGGAUUAAAACCAAAAAGUAUAUUUGCAUCACCAGAUAAUGUUAACGGAAGAGUGGGUAUUGGAACAUGUGGAAUGUCAGGGAAACCAAUGACUGAAUUCAGCCAUGGAGAGAAAUAUCGUAAAGGUGUAUGAUAAUUUUAAAUUAAAAAUGUGUAAUUUAUGUGUACGUGAUAAUCUUUUUUUUUUUAAGAAAAAUAAACUUAGUAUAAGAUAAUUACGUUUU